AUGUCAGUUUUGAUAGCAGCGGAGACUUCAUCCAUUACACAAUCCCAGUCCCUAAGUUACAGACAGACCAUAGUUUCCCCACGUGGAAUCUUUGAACUCGGUUUCUUCAACCUUCGAAAUCCCAACAAAAUCUACCUCGGGAUUUGGUACAAGAAUAUCCCACUUCAAAACAUAGUUUGGGUUGCAAAUGGUGGCACCCCAAUCAGGGACUCUUCUGCCAUCUUGAAACUAAACAGUUCUGGUAAUUUGGUCCUCACACACAACAACACGGUUGUUUGGUGCACAAUUUCUUCAGAAAAGACACAGAAUCCAGUGGCAGAGCUUUUGGAUUCUGGCAAUCUUGUGAUAAGAGAUGAGAAUGAAGCAAAGGCAGAGGCAUAUCUGUGGCAAAGCUUUGAUUAUCCAUCUAAUACAAUGCUGCCAGGAAUGAAGGUUGGAUGGGACCUCAAAAGAAAUCUUAGUACUUUCCUGAUAGCUUGGAAGAGUGAUGAUGAUCCCACCCCAGGAGACUUAUCUUGGGGCAUUACCCUGCACCCUUAUCCUGAGAUCUAUAUGAUGAAGGGAACAGAAAAGUACCAUAGAGUUGGACCAUGGAAUGGUUUGCGUUUCAGUGGAAGGCCACUUAUGACGCUUAAUGACCCCAUUUACCGUUAUGAGUUUGUCUCCAACCAGGAAGAGAUUUAUUACAGAUGGAGCCUUAAGCAAACUAGUUUAGUAACAAAAGUGGAACUUAACCAAAGUGCACAAGAAAGUCAACGUUAUUUAUGGUCAGGGAAAUCAUGGACUUUGUAUUCAACAAUGCCAGAAGACUACUGUGAUCAUUAUGGAGUUUGUGGAGCCAAUACAUAUUGCACCACUUCUGCAUCACCAAUCUGUGAAUGUUUAAAAGGGUUCACGCCUAAGUCUCCCGCAAAAUGGAACUCAAUGGAAUGGUCCGAAGGGUGUGUCCUCAAAAAUCCAAUUAGAUGCAAAGACAAGCUGGGUGAUGGUUUUGUCUCCAUGGAUGGCUUGAAAGUGCCGGAUACAAAUUAUACGUAUGUGGAUGAGACUAUUGAUCUUAAGCAAUGCAGAACCAAGUGCUUGAAUAGUUGCUCCUGCAUGGCAUAUACCAAUUCAAAUAUAAGUGGUGCAGGCAGUGGCUGUGUCAUGUGGUAUGGUGAUUUAUUUGACAUCAAACUGUAUUCAAAUCCAGAAAAUGGGCAGCGUCUAUAUAUAAGGUUGAAUUCUUCAGAAUUAGACGUGAAAGGGUCUAUCGGGCACAAGAAGAACUCUAAACUAAUAUUUGUAACCUCCAUUGCUGCAAUUUUCGGAGUGAUGCUUGCUAUCUAUUUUGUCUACAGAAGGAACACUAUAGAGAAGUCAAAGACAAAAGAGAAAAUUGAAAGACAGCUAGAUGUUCUGGAUGUGCCAUUGUUUGAUCUUGUAUCAAUCACAACCGCCACUAAUAAUUUCUCAUUGAAUAAUAAGAUUGGCCAAGGUGGCUUUGGACCUGUAUAUAAGGGAAAAUUUGUGGAUGGUCGAGAAAUUGCUGUCAAGAGACUUUCAAGCAGCUCUGGACAAGGAAUAACUGAGUUCAUAACUGAAGUGAGUUUGAUUGCAAAGCUUCAACACCGAAAUCUUGUAAAGCUCCUUGGUUGUUGCUUUCGAGGAAAAGAAAAGUUACUAGUAUAUGAGUACAUGGUUAAUGGCAGCCUGGACAAAUUCAUUUUUGGUAUGUAA